GAAUUUUGGCGCCAAAUUUCUUAUCUAAUCUCUUGUGUCUAUGGCAACGGCUUUAUCUUUUGACUCACGCGAUCGCAGUAAAUUUGUCCAUUUCGUUUACUAAACACGUUGUUUUAGAACGAUGUUCCAAAAAACUGGUUUCAUCAAAACUGGUCAAUUGAAAAUCCAACGGUGAAAUAUCGUGAAGAGAAAAUUUUUGAUCUGCUUAAGCAAGAGAGUCAUGUCUUCACCUGUCACUGGGGACUUGAGUCGGUCCACUCGAAUUGGCCCUGAAGGUCCGGAAUUCUGGAUCCAGCCAUGCGGAUACACAGUGGAAGGAAAUACUCCACCAUUUCCUGACUCUGUUUUAGCAGGAGAUUACAAAUCUUACCUGGAGAUGGACCUCCAUUACCUUGAAGAGCUGUGGCUAGAACAAUUUUGUCUGGAUAAAUUCCUAAUGUCUUUUGCCGAUCAAGUGAAAAGUGAUGAAGCUUACCGCUAUGAUUGGCUUCAAGUCAACACCGUCAUUCCAAAAAAUCCCGGUCAGCACUUGAAUGAAUCCCAUUAUUCUCAACUGCAAUUUCCUUCCAUGCUAACUCAAUCAUCCAACAUUUUCCAACGGAUCGCCAUUGGUUGGGAACAAAUGGAAUAUGAGAAAACCGAUUCCUUGUACAAAGAUCAUUUUACAUCCGCAAAAUUCCGCAUGAAAAAUACGUUGUGUCAGUUGGAUGGAUAUUUGGCUGAUAAGAAAAUGUCUCCGGCGCCCAAUCCGACCCGGUCCAUUAUGCCAAAUGAAUUGCGUUCAAUCACAAGCGCAUCUCAACGGGACGAACGUAAUUUCCGCAUCAUUAAAGAAUACGUCAACGCCCUAGAAUAUUACAUCGAUGUAUUCAGCUACUUCGAAACAGCUUUGGCUUCAAAGUCUUCCCUCUAAUUACAUUUCCUUGCUAAUUUUAUUAACUGCUUAAUUUUGUGGAUCACUUAGAGAAGAUUCGCAAGAUUUUUCUGCUACAAAAAAUCUCUCGUAUAAAAAGAUGUAUUAUUCCUAUAUGUUUAUUAUUUCGCAGUAUUUAUGAAUAAUUC